GCGCACGAGGGACGAGGGCGGCCCUGCGUCACGUGGCGCCCAGCCGUCUGAUUCAGAACAGCGUUCAAGAGGGGCUCUCCUAUACCUCCCGUGUAGCUCCGUCCUUGUUGCACUCAUAGUGCAGGUAGCACCCCAUCCCGCCCCGCCUUGGCGCGCCAACCAGCGUCCCGCAUAUCAGCCGUGAUCGGGGACCAAAGGCAGCGCGCCCAAUUUAUCAACGCGCACGCCAAGGCAGACCGUAGCUGCCUCGCCGCGCUCGCCGCGUGCCCUACGUGAGCAGGAUGAGCAGCUUUGUCUGCUUUUGAUCGCGGCCCGGGGGGCCCCGGCGUGCCACGCUCGCGUGCUCGCUAUCGCGCUCCACUCCCUCGUCGCGCGCGGACCAUGUCGUCUGCCUGAUUCGCUGCCGCGUCGCAAACGGACACCGCCGGACCGCCGCGGGGUGCGCAAGCCAAGCAAACGAUUGCUUUUAGACCUGGAGGUAUGCGGCAAUGUCGUUCCGGCUGGCCAGACCGCUGCUCGUCGCUGCCCUGGCCCUGGCCCUUUACGUCUGCGGCUCAACCCCGGCGGCGUUGUUUGGCGAUGUCAUCCCGAUGGACAUCAAGUCGUGCCCGUCAACGCCUGACAUAAUGCAGUUGAACAACUUCAGCACGUACCGGAUCGGCAAUUCGUUCCUCGCCUCGCUCAUCAUAGAUGUACCCAGGGCGGUGGCUUACUUUAGCAAGAUGGCGUUAAAGUUGACGCAGUGUCCGACCGGCGCGCCCUGCAAGCAAUUCUACACACUGAGGUACAGCUCAGGCGUCUGCAACUUGUUAAAGGACCGGAACGCCUUCUGGGGCCCCGCCUUUACGGACGCCGAGCCGCCCAUGCGCUGCCCGUUGGAGAAGAGGGUUUACAUUCUGCGGAACGCCACCUUGUCCGUCGAAAAAUUCGCUAUCUUGUUCAGAGCGAUCAGCCCGACGGCUCUUCGCGAGGCCCUGUGGAGCUCAAAGCUGGAAGUGUGGGACGAGAAGGACAAGCUGCUGGUGUGCGCCAUUAUCAAGGUCAAGUACUUGGAAAGAAAGCAGUAGUGGAAGUAACUAAUGUGUUCGGUGCACAGCACCCAAUCAACGUGUUAGCAAACGCGUCUGUCUCAGAGGCGAGGCGGCAAAGGAUUUUGACGCCCGAGAUUCUCGGCGGGGACUUUUGUACUUUUGUACCUCGUCGCCUGAUGUCUGCCCGACGCUCGUGCGUUAUCUCCGGGCUGCGUCUGUUUUUAAAAGUACCGUCUUCAAAGAAAAAAAU